UCUCUCUCUCUCUCUCUCUCUCUCUCUCUCUCUCUCUCUCUCUCCUUCAACCUCCAUUUCCCUCUCUUUCAGUUCAGAAUUACUCUUCCUUCAUCAGCUAAGAAAUAUAUCAUUUUAUUGUUGUUGGUGGGCGGCUUCUGAUCUGGGGAAGAUGGAUAAUUCUGAGUCGUCGCAGAGUGUGAGGGUUGCAGUCAAUAUUAGGCCGCUUGUUACUUCUGAGCUUCUUGUGGGCUGUACUGACUGCAUUACUGUCUAUCCCGCUGAAAAGCAGGUUCAAAUUGGAUCUCAUGCCUUCACAUUUGACAACAUCUUUGGUAGUAGGGGAAGCCCGUGUUCAUCAAUAUUUGAUGAAUGUGUUGCUCCUUUAGUUGAUGCCUUGUUUCAUGGCUAUAAUGGCACUGUACUUGCAUAUGGCCAGACUGGGUCUGGGAAAACUUAUACCAUGGGUACCAAUUACAAUGGCGAAGAGCAAAAGAGCGGUGUCAUCCCCAAAGUAAUGGAUACUAUUUUUUCAAAAGUGGAGGCUAUGAAGGAGUGUACAGAAUAUUUGAUUAGAGUAUCUUUUAUUGAGAUUUUCAAGGAAGAGGUCUUUGAUUUGCUUGAUCAAAGAACGACAGGGCCUGCAAGAGUCCCCAUUCAAAUCAGAGAAAGAGUGAGUGGAGGGAUUACACUCGCUGGGGUUACAGAGGCAGAGGUCAGGACUAAAGAAGAGAUGGCUUCAUACCUGCUGCAAGGUUCAUUUGCUCGUGCCACAGGGAGCACAAAUAUGAAUAGUCAAUCAAGUCGUUCACAUGCCAUUUUUACAAUAUCUAUGGAACAAAGGAGAAUAUCUAAUAAUUUGGCUCGAGAUGAAGUUGGCGACGAUGUUUUGCAUGCGAAGCUUCACCUGGUGGACCUUGCAGGUUCUGAGCGUGCAAAACGAACAGGUGCAGAUGGGACACGCUUGCAGGAAGGCAUUCACAUCAAUAAGGGGUUGUUGGCUCUUGGUAAUGUUAUCAGUGCGUUGGGAGAUGAAAAGAAGCGGAAAGAAGGAGGUCACGUUCCUUACCGUGACAGCAAGUUAACACGCAUAUUACAGGAUUCACUCGGUGGAAAUAGCAAAACAAUUAUGAUCGCUUGUGUUAGCCCUGCUGAUACAAAUGCUGAGGAGACACUUAACACGCUGAAAUAUGCAAAUCGUGCGCGGAACAUUCAGAAUAAAGCUAUUAUCAAUCGUGAUCCAAUGACAGCUCAGAUGCAAAGGAUGCGGAGUCAAAUUGAACAAUUGCAAGCUGAGUUGCUUUACUUCCGUGGAGACUCCAAUGCACCAUCUGAAGAAAUUAAAAUCCUGAAGCAUAAAAUUUCUUUGCUUGAAGCAAGUAAAAUGGAACUACAGGAGGCGCUUCAAGAAUGUCGAAUCAGUUAUGAGCAUUUGACACAGCGGGCUAUCGAAGCUCAGGUGGAAAGGGAUAGACUGAUUAUGAAAAUUGAAUCAGUACAAAAUGGAAAACCUUGGGAUGAGACUGACACCAAAUCAGAUAAGGAUUUCGAUAUUGUGAAAAGUUAUAUUACCAAGAUUCAAGAACUAGAGAAUGAACUGAUCAGAAUACGAAAUUUGAAUCGUUUAAGACGUGAGAAUUCUGAUGAUUAUCUCGAUUCAGAAGAUGAUGGGAGUCACUCAAGAAAUUUGUAUAUCAUGGAUUCUGACAUAAAAACUGUAGAAACAGAUGGUGUGGUUGAAGAUGUGGAAAAAGAGCUUGAGCAUUCUUCUUUUCAAGAAAAAUUGGACAAGGAACUGAAAGAGUUAGACAAAAAACUUGAACAGAAAGAGGCUGAAAUGAAGCGGUUUGCAAGUGUUGAUACUUCAGUUCUUAAGCAGCACUAUGAGAAGAAGGUUCAAGACUUGGAAUUGGAAAAGAGUGCUUUACAGAAGGAGAUUGAAGCCCUUAAGCAUAAUCUUGCCAAUAUCUCUUCCCAUUCUGAUGAUAGUGCUCAAAAGCUGAAGGAAGAGUAUCUUCAAAAACUCAAUGUCCUCGAGACACAGGUUGCUGAAUUGAAGAAAAAACAAGAUGCUCAAGCUCAACUCCUAAGACAAAAACAGAAAAGUGAUGAAGCUGCAAGAAGACUGCAGGAUGAGAUCCAGAGAAUAAAGACACAAAAGGUUCAAUUACAACAAAAGAUAAAACAAGAAUCUGAGCAGUUCAGGCUAUGGAAAGCAUCUCGAGAAAAAGAAGUGCUUCAGCUAAAAAAAGAGGGAAGAAGAAAUGAAUAUGAGAUGCAUAAGCUGUUGGCACUCAACCAGAGGCAAAAGCUGGUAUUACAGCGGAAGACUGAAGAAGCUGCUAUGGCUACAAAACGACUGAAGGAGUUGUUAGAUUCUCGGAAAGCUUCACGUGAAACACCGGGUGGAGGAAGUAACAAAGGUCCUGGAAUUCAGGCACUAGUGCAGACUAUUGAGCAUGAACUUGAGGUUACUGUAGGAGUACAUGAAGUGCGGUCAGAGUAUGAGAGGCAAAUGAAAGAGAGGGCUAAAAUGGGUGAAGAAGUUGCAAGAUUGAAAGAGGAAGCGCUUAUAGGAAAGCAGCAGAACUUAAGUGAAUUCCCACAGUCGAUGUCUCCUGGUGCUAGAAAUUCGAGGAUUUUUGCUCUUGAGAAUAUGCUUGCCACUUCCUCAAGUACCCUUGUUUCCAUGGCAUCUCAAUUAUCAGAAGCAGAGGAGCGUGAACGAGCAUUUAGUGGUAGAGGGAGAUGGAACCAAGUUCGCUCUGUUGCUGAAGCAAAAAAUAUCAUGAACUUCCUCUUUAACCUGGCAGCAUCCUCCCGGUGCCAGCUAAGGGAUAGAGAAGUUGACUGCAGAGAGAAGGAUGCAGAAAUUAGAGAUUUGAAGGAGAAAGUAGUCAACUUGAUUAGACAAGUAGAGCUUCAAAAGUCUGAACUCAGCCGUCAGGAAAAUUUAGUGAAGUUGGCUUUGGAGAGACAUACCAACGAAAUGAAUGAAGCCUAUGGAGCUUGUGUGAUGAACAACAGCGACGGGCAUGCUUAUGACUUACGACCCAAGAGUUCCCAAAACUCCAGUGUUCUCAAUAGUGGAGUAUAUGCAUUUGAGCUAGAAGACAUGGACACAUCUGAUGAUGAUCAACGAGAACAUCCAAGGCUAUCAGAUGAUAUGGACGGCGAGUGGGUACGCACAAGAGAGAAAAAAAAACGCCAAGCUAGGAAAAGGAACUCAAAAACGGAUAGCCAUGUUGAAACGGCUGUUGAUUUAGAACACUUAGUUGUGGCGACCUCAACUGAGCGAGUAUGUUGCUCGUGCAGCAAAAGUUCUUCAUGCAAGACAUCAAGAUGCGAAUGCCGAGCUGCAAGUGGUAAUUGUACUCCGUCCUGUAGUUGCGGACCAACCAAAUGCAGCAACAGGGAAGAAGUUAGUGCAAAGGACUUAUUGCAGCCAGAGACUGCUGGAAAUAUGUUAGACACAGAUGGAAAAGAAAGAAGUAAAAACCUUGCUUCUCAUGGUGCAAUGCUACUUCAAACUGCUUUGUCUGAGAAGCCUGUCAACGCAAAUGAUGGAGUCACAAGGAAACCAUUAUCUGACAUUGGGAAUAACCUGGCAAAUGCUAGUGUCCCAAAACCUAAUCUGAGGAAAAAAUGGCGCAAAUCAGUCAUUCAGCUGGUACCUGCCACGCCAAUUGAGUCUCAAACCCAGAAUGUUGACGUCCCGGAGCAAGCAAAAACUAAUGGAGAAAUUGAUAUUCCUUUGAAGUUACCAAGAGCGAUGCGCUCUACUUUGACGAGUAAUAAUCAGCUGAAAGAGAGGAACUCAGAUCAGCCCAAUGAGUCAAUUAACAACGAGGUAUGCACUCCAUCCCUUGGAAGUCCUCGUCAGCAAGCCAGAAUGAAAAAUGGGAAAGAAAACAAGGGACUAUAGAUGGAUAUUCGUUGAAAUUCAUUAUAUUUUCAUAUCAUGGAGCAUUGGCAUCUGAGGGGUGCUCUCCUGAGUCACAUGGUAUCCUCAGAAAAUGGUUCCGUGAGCUUGAUAUUUGCGCGUGGUGUUCUUGUAAUUUAAUGAAACCCUGCGUGCACUCAUGAGUUUACCGCCAUAAAUGUUGAAUGAAAUGAGAAACUGUUGCAGGUGAGAAAUUUGCACUGCAUGUUGGAGAAAGACGGGCUUAUUUAAUUGUUCAUCAUUGCAAAAUCGAGCAAUCUGUUGUCAUUAAUGGUAGAGUGGUAUGAUUUUGCUGUGUAAACGCAUGA